AUACACCAAGAAGGAGAGAAGAGCUCUGCAAACUUCAUCUCCAUAGCCCAAAUCCAAACUCAAGCUAAAGGGAGUCCAAGAAGAAAGUUUAAGAAGGAAAAAGCUAGGAAAAAGUGUGAAAAUUAAGGGACUUGAUUUAAAGUAUUUUUGAGCUUCGCCGGAGUUUCGUCGGAGUUGGUCAAAGUUCGCCGGAGUUGGUCAAAGUCAAAUCGAGAAACGUAGAACGCGCUUAAGCUUAAUUAAGUGUCACAGUGACCAUGGACUUCGUGGUGGGGCUACCACGAACAGUGAACAACUAUGAUGCAGUAUGGGUAGUGGUUGAUAGGCUCACCAAGAGUGCACACUUUUUGCCUAUCAACAUUACUUAUCCUCUUGAAAGAUUGGCAAAGCUAUACACGGAGGAGAUUGUGAGACUGCAUGGAGUUCCGAUAUCCAUUGUCUCGGAUAGGGACCCACGUUUCACAUCCCGAUUUUGGCCAAAAUUUCAAGCAUCUUUGGGUACGAAGCUAAAGUUAAGCACAGCCUUUCACCCACAGACGGACGGGCAAUCCGAGAGGGUGAUACAGAUUCUGGAAGAUAUGCUUAGGGCAUGUGCUCUAGAGUUCCAAGGGAGUUGGGACAAGCAUUUGGCUCUGGUUGAGUUUGCCUAUAACAACAGUUAUCAGGCGAGUAUUGGCAUGCCUCCAUACGAGGCAUUGUAUGGGAGAAAAUGUAGAACACCGUUGUGUUGGGACGAGGUUGGCGAAGCCAAGCUCGAGGGGAUUGAACUUGUCGAAAUCACCAAGGCUAAGGUGAAAGUCAUUCAGGAUAGACUCAAGGCUGCCCAAGAUCGGCAAAAGAGUUAUGCUGACAAACGACGCAGGCCAUUGGAGUUUGAGGUCGGUGAUAAGGUCUUUCUAAGGAUUUCUCCUUGGAAAGGUAUCAUCAGGUUUAUAUCGAGGGGCAAACUUAACCCCCGAUACAUUGGCCCAUAUGAAAUCCUUGAAAGGAUAGGGGCCGUGGCUUACCGUAUUAAAUAGACGCCAGAACUUGAGAGGAUACACGACGUGUUUCAUGUAUCGAUGCUCAAGAAAUAUGUGCGCGAUCCGUCUCAUAUCCUUGAGAAACCACCGGUAGAGAUACGUGAAGACCUACAAUAUGCGGUGGAACCGGUGAAGAUUGUGGGUCAACAGGUAAAGAAACUAAGGAACAAGGAGAUUCCUAUGGUAAAGGUCCUUUGGAGGAGUGAUCGAGCCGAAUAAGAAACCUGGGAGACUGAAGUCUCAAUGAGGGAGCAGUACCCUUUCCUUUUCGAUUAGACACGUGGAUUUCGGGGACGAAAUCCCAAAUAAGGGGGG